CGUGUAGUAACAUACAAUACAAGAUAUAUGCUAAGAAAACAAAGUGUGUCGUCUUAAUUUUGAAUAUGGGUUCAUUUUGUGAAAUGCAUUCAAAUUGUGAGGUUGAAAAAUUAGUAAGUAGUGAUGAAGUGAGUAUUAAUAGAAGUAGCAUUGAGUAUGCAGUCAAAGAUUUGUUGUUGGGUUUGGGAGAAGAUGUCAAUAGAGAAGGCAUUAGAAAGACACCAUUUCGUGUUGCCAAGGCCUUCUUUGAAGGAACUAGAGGUUAUAGGCAAAAUGUGUUGAACAUUAUUGAAGGUGCAUUAUUCCCAGAAGAAGGCUUAGAUAAUACCAACAAAAUUGGUCAUGGAGGUGGAGUAGGUGGACUUGUAUUUGUAAGAGAUAUUGAUCUUUACUCCUAUUGUGAAUCUUGUUUACUACCCUUCCAAAUCAAGUGUCAUGUAGGGUACAUCCCUUCAAACCAAAGGGUUGUUGGCUUAAGCAAACUUCCACGUGUGGCUGAAGCAUUUGCAAAAAGACUUCAAGAGCCUCAACGUUUAGCAAAUGAAAUUUGUUUAGCUUUGCAUGAAGGGAUACAGCCACAAGGUGUUGCUAUCAUACUUCAAUGCACUCAUAUCCCUUUUCCUUAUAAAGAUUUUGAUUCAAACCAUAAAGGGUGGGUGAAGAUUCUUGUUUCGUCAGGUUCCGGUGUUUUCGAGAACAAAAAUGAUGAUAUUUGGAGUGAUUUAUUUAGUCUUGUUAAGUUUAGAGGUAUUGAUAAGGACAAAAUUGUCAUCAAAGAAUCAUUAGAGGAUCAAUGUUCCAAUUGGUGUCCUUCAUUUAAGAUUGAAGAAAUUAAGUAUAAUCCUAUUAUGGUUAAUGCAGUUUCUACAAUUAUUAAAUCUUUAGGUGAAGAUUCAACAAGAAAAGAGCUUAUAGAAACACCUAAUAGAUUUUUGAAAUGGUUGAUGAAUUUUCAAUAUGCUAGUAACAUUGAUUUGAAGAUGAAUGAUUCUAUUUUCAAUGGAGGUGUCAAAAGUACAAUAUGGUCAGAAUUUAAUGUGCCAUUUUGGUCACAAUGUGAACAUCAUUUGCUACCAUUUUAUGGUUUUGUUCAUAUUGGAUACUAUAAUUCAAAAGGAUGUAAUCAAAUUGGAAAAUCACUUUUACAAUCUAUUGUUCAUUUUUAUGGUUUCAAACUUCAAGUGCAAGAAAGGCUUACAAAGCAAAUUGCUGAAACUAUUUCAUCAUUGGUUGGUGGAAAUGUGAUAGUAGUUGUUGAGGCAAGUCACACUUGUAUGAUUUCUAGAGGAAUUGAGAAGUUUGGAAGCAAUACAGCUACUAUUGCUGUUUUAGGACACUUUUCAACUGAUCUUGCUGCAAGGACCAAAUUCUUGGAGGGUAUUCCAAGUGUUACAUCUUUUGAAGGACAGUGAUUAGUUUUGGUCACUUGCAACUAUGCAUCUAUUUUGAUCCAAGUAUUUCUCUUAUUUUCCAGUAGUAAUAAUGUUGUCUUUAAUUGAUAUGUUUGUUUUAUUUUUGAUUGAAGAUUGUAAUAUGGUGAAUUUGGUAUUUGUAUUAUUUUGUCAACAUGA